CAGUGGAGCUGCCAGACCCUAGAGAGAGGCUCCCGGAGCUCCGGCCGCGGCUCAGGAGCAGAGCUGAGCCUGGAGCUCUGGUCCGGACACGAAUCCUCCCCUGUGGGCGGCCGAGAUUCUCCCAAGCACGAGGGAGGCCUUACGGGGCGGCCCAGGAGAGAGCCUGGGAGCCGCCCAGCUUGCUCUCCGAAGCAUGCGGAGCAGCCUUCUUGGCCCCUCCCCCCCUGGCACCCAGACCUGGGCUGGCUUGGGGAAGGGCGCCACACCUGCCAAGAAGCUUGUUGACAGCCAACGGUGGGAUCCUAGCAACGCCCGGCCGACACCUCCCCAGAAACCCCUGGUCCCGGCAACGGCCGGCCGCCGCCAGAGAGAGCCCUUUGGCCCGCUGACCCCCGCAGCCCUCGGCCAUGGCGGACGCCUCCGUCGCUGACCAGAUGAUGCGGCUGAAGCUCAAACUCUUGGAAAAGAAGUUAGAGGCAGAGCGAGAAAACAUGGAGGACCACGUGGAGCCGGCCCACAUAGCAGCGGGGACGUACGAUGGAGAGGACGCCAUUUUGCAGAGCGCCUUGAGAAGGAGAAAGGAGCUCCUGCACCAGCUCCGGGAGCAGCGCCUCCUGGAAGAGCUCUCGGGGCCCUCUACCUGGGGAGGGAGCCCCCCCAAAAGCUACAGACCAGAGGGGCUCCUGGGCCCUGGGUACCAGCCCUUCCCUGCUGGACUACAGCCAGAGCAGCCCAGGAUCAUCCAGCAGACUGUACCCCAGCCGCCCGCCACCAUCAUCCAGCAGCUGCCUCAGCAGCCCCUCAUCACCCAGAUCCCCCCCGCGCCCACCUACCCCCCCCAGAGGUCAGGAAGCAUCCGGGAAGACAUGGUGGAGAUGAUGCUGAUGCAGAACGCCCAGAUGCACCAGAUCGUCAUGCACAACAUGAUGCUGAAGGUCCUGCCGCCCGGCGACUCGGGGGCCCCUUGGCUUCGGGCCGCUCAGCAGGAUGCCCAGCGUGCCCAGCCGUGGGCGCCGCGCGCCGACAAGCCGAGGGCGGCCUCGGUCCACCACCACCACCACUACGGCCCCCCCCGGCCUGCAGGCCCUUCCCGCCGCCCUGCCCUCCGUGGGCUACCCCGUGUGGCCGCCCCUGCUGCCGGCGCCCGGCCUGCAGCCCCCCGUCCGGCACGUGAUGGGGCCCACGACCACCGUGCCGGCCCUCCACACGGUGGCAUCCGGCGGGGCCCUCCCGGGCCUGCCCCCGGGCCUGUGAGCCCUGCCCCGCGCACGCGCUCCUGGGCCAGACCGAGCGCACCCCGCGGCCCCAGACGGCCGGCAGGAGGGCCGGACGGGACAGGAACAAUAAAGUCUCCCAGCAGAGCCGCGCCUCCGUGUCCUCCUCACUCUGCAGGGGAUUCUGGGUCGGGCGCGGGCAGGCUGGGGCAGGGCCAGGGGGCCGCCGAGUCUAGCCUCCUGGCUUUGGGGGGCCCCGGUGGAGGCUGCAGGGAGGAGCCCCCCCGGGGAGUCCCCCCCAAAGGGGGCUAA